AUGAAGAGGGUGCAGCUCCAGCGAUGGAGCAGUACGGUCCUAUCUCCCCGGGCUCGCAUUGCUAGCAGGCUGCGUCAACACACACUUCUGGCUGGAUCACGAGGCCAGUCCACUGCGUCCCCUCUGCAGACUGACUCCUCCCCCCGAGAAGCAAUUAGCGAGGGUGGAUUUGAAGAUGCUGGAAUGAUCAAACACGUACGGAGCGCCCAUAGACGCAAGGAUAUGCUCAAAUAUCCUUCUCCUCCCUCCGAUGCGGCCCUGAACUCCGCCAAACUCGCUGCUCUCCACGCACGAUUAUAUCUCCCCUCACGACUUCCUCCUCAAACCCUCGCGCGAGCAUUGGUCGAUGCAUCUGCGGACUCGAACCCCGAUUUUAAUAACGAAUCGCUCGCGACUCUCGGUCACGACCUUCUUACCUACUACACUACCGAGCACCUCCUUUGCACCUACCCUCGACUUCCCCUGACAGUUAUCUUCGCUGCGAUGUACGCAUAUGCUGGUCCUAAGACGCUUGCCGCGAUGGCCCGUGAAUGGGGUGUGGAACACGCGUCCUUGCCCGGUGGAGAGGUUGAUCCUGGUCUGCUUCAGUUCCGCCGGCUUGCCCCCGGCAGCGACCCGAACCUCGUGAACACCAACACACGCAACCCUCGUCCGUAUGCGGCACAGAAGGCGUGGAGGAUGACGGUAACCUCCAAGAUCUUCUAUGACGAUGAAUUUGGCGAUGCCAUCAAGGGCCCCGCCACAUCGGGAGAGGGUGUCACCGCUGAGCUCGCCAGCGCCACUUUCGUUCGCGCAGUGAUGGGAGCCAUCUAUCUUCACGCAGGACGCCCAGCUGCGAAGCGCUUCUUCGAGCAGCACUUCCUCUCUCGCCAUCUCGACAUCUCACAGCUGUUCAAUUUCUCUCAGCCUGCUCGCGAUUUGGCACGCCUUUGCGCGCGCGAAAACUUCGAGCCUCCCGUGGCCAGAAUUAUCAGCGAGACUGGUCGUAAGAGUAGACACCCCGUUUUCGUGGUGGGUAUCUUCUCUGGUCAGGACAAACUUGGCGAAGGCGCUGGCGCCAGUCUGAUUGAGGCCCGUGAGCGUGCAGCUUUGGCUGCGCUCAAGGGCUGGUAUCUCUACAGUCCACUCAACGUUCGUGUACCAAGCUCCAUGGAGGAGGAGGGAGCCGCGCCGUGGAAACCGGUCUACGUUGACCUGGGUGAAGUCAUUGUUUGA